AAUUGCAGUGCGGAUCUCAGUAUCUGGAGAGACGUGAGAAUGUAUCGGGCCAGGGAUCGUGACUAGGGUGUAAAUCCAUGUGGGCUUGCCGACAGCAGUGGAUCCGUGUCUAAGGAAGGUUGAAGUCGUAUUCUGGAUAAAGUAUGGCUGGGUCUGCAUAUGUGCAAGGAAUACGUCCCACCAGGGGGCACAAGGACGAAGAGGGACCACAAUGGCGAGUAGAGAUCCAGCCUUGAUAUUUGCAUUGAUGAUAUCGAUAAGCUCAGACCAGUGGGGGUUUGCAUAAUUACGUUCUUUGCUGACGUCCACUUUAUGCCAGUCUAGUGCAAUGCCGGAGCCAUCAGGGGCUACGUAGCGGUGCAGCUAGUGCGAGUGUUUGGAGGCGCAUAGGUCGAUAGUGUGUAAUGCCUUCGCAGCGUACCAUGCGAAUUGUGGUACGUUUGCUUCGGUGUCCUGUUGAGCGGUGAUAUGCACCAUACGUCAUGGUGUUAUCAGGGGUGUCAGGACGUUUAUCUUCUAGUGGAAUUGGUACUACGGGGGAGUUAGGUGGAAGUGGCCUGCAGAGUGGUAUUGUGCUUAGUGAGGUGGCAGAGCUGUCUGUUGGCUGGAAAAAUGAGGGAGCAGCCGGCGUCCUGCAGAUUAUUUUGCGCGAUGAUCCCUUGGGCGAUAGUAGGGUCGAGAUAGGUAAGUCCAAGGAAUGGGAGGUAUCCACGGCAGGUGAUAUGUGGAACACAGUCGUUGGCGAGUCUAAGGGGUAA